AUGCCUCCAAAAACAACAGGUGACAUUAAAAAUGCUAUAAAAGAUUCGCUUCGAGAACUGCUCUGCGAUGAAGAAUUCAUUGGUAAUUUACUAGCCAAGGUCGAGGAAAAACUAGCUACCUUCCAAAAAACUGUUGAUAAACAUACCGAUGCGAUAAGGAUUCUUGAAGAGAAAAUGGACAAAGUUCAGCAGAACGAGAAGGUAAACAAUAUAUGUGUUUACAACUUGCCGGAAGAACAGGAUCGAGAUACAAGGGAAAUUUUUAUCCAACUUUGUAAGGAUAAAAUGAACAUCAAAAUACCUCAAGAAAACAUCGCUACAUGCUACAGGGUCGGCAAGGUCAGUGAGAAACCACGGCCAGUGAUCAUAAAAUUUCAGCAAUAUGCAGCGAAAAAAUUAGUUUUGAAGAAUGUUUAUAAAUUGAAAGGAACAAAGGUGGGCAUUGCGGAAGAUUUGACGAAGAAUCGUCUAAUACUAUACCGUUCGGCACAGGAAUUGACUUACAAACAAAGUGUUUUCACUAGAUAUGGAAAUAUUUAUGUGAAGAUAAACGAGAAAGUCCACAAGAUACCUGAUGUUAAAUCAAUGAAAAACUUGAUUGAAUGA